AUGUCCAUGAACACGCUCGGCGCGGCGUUAUACUACGCCGACGCCAACGCGCCCAUCUGUCCUCUGGCCAUCAAGGAGCACUUUGACAAGCUGAGCCCCAAGGAGCAGCUGUACGCGCACCACAUUGCGAAGGCGUCAUGGAUCGGUGGCCGCGUCAUCCUGAAGCAGACGACGCCCGUCGCGGCCGACCUGUUCGACCUUGUGCGCGCGACGUUCAGCAGCACCGACCCAAGUAAGCUCGGCGACCUCGAGGCACAGCGCAAGGCCUCCGGACUGUCUGAAGAAGACUUCACCAGCGUGCUCGAGUACGCUGCGCAGGUGCUAGGCAACCUCGCCAACUUUAAGAGCUUUGGCGACUCCAAGUUCAUCCCGCGGGUUGAGGCGGCCAAAUUCCGUGCUGUGGUCGAGGCCGCUCCGCGCAGUCAGGAAGCCCUCCCUCUCUUCGACAAGCUCCAGGAGGAGAUCUAUGCUAUCAAGCCUUCGGCUAGAACGCUCCUCGGCUACCCCGACUCUGGGCACGUUACGGGCUAUUACUCGGACGACGUCACGCAGGCCGACAUCAAGGCUGUGCAGAAAUGGUAUGAGGGGCGGGGAAAGGACGCAAUCAACACUCGCCUCUUUAAGCGCGGGGACGUGUUUGAGCUGCGCGUCGCUAGCGCCGAUAAGGCGCCGACCGAGGCGUACGACGUGCCGGGGCUCGGGAAGCUCGAGGUCGUGUUCGGCGACUUUAGCGAGGAGAUGAAGGGAGUUGCGGAUGAGUUGGCUGCGGCGAUCCCUCACGCCGCCAACGAGCACCAGCGCAAGAUGCUCGAGGCAUAUGUGCGUCACUUCCACUCUGGCGACGUCGACGAGCACAAGGAAAGCCAGCGCGAGUGGAUCCAGGACAUUGGACCCACCGUCGAGUCCAACAUUGGCUUUAUCGAGACUUACCGCGACCCGGCAGGUGUGCGUGCCGAGUUCGAGGGCUUUGUCGCCAUGGUCAACAAGGAGAUGACGAAGAAGUUUGAGCGUCUCGUCGACUCGGCUGAGAAGUUCAUCCCCAAGUUGCCAUGGGGCCCGGAAUUUGAGAAGGACAAGUUCCGCAAGCCUGACUUUACGUCGCUCGAGGUUCUGACAUUCUCGACGGGCGGUGUGCCGGCCGGCAUCAACAUUCCCAACUACGACGAUAUACGGAUGACGCUUGGGUUCAAGAACGUGUCCCUAGGCAAUGUGUUGAACGCCAAGGCGCCCGACGAGAAAAUCACCUUCCUGGGCGAGGAGGAUGCGGCGUUAUUCCAGCGUCUGCGCGGCCCAGCAUUCGAGGUACAAGUCGGCAUCCACGAGCUCUUGGGACACGGCAGCGGCAAGCUCCUGCAAGAGAAUGCGGACGGGACGGCCAAUUUCGACAUGACGAACCCGCCUACCAACCCGUUGACCGGUAAGCCCGUGGAGCACUGGUAUGGGCCUGGCGAGACGUGGGGGAGCCGGUUCAAGACGAUUGCCGCGAGCUACGAGGAAUGCCGAGCGGAAGCGGUUGCCAUGUCGCUCAGCACCGACAAGACACUUCUCGAGAUCUUCGGACACACGGCCACGUCGGCCGAGAAUGCCGACGACAUCAUGUAUGUCGGGUGGCUCCAAAUGGCGCGUGCUGGCCUAAUCGCCCUCGAGUUCUACGACCCCCAAGCCAAGAAAUGGGGCCAGGCACACAUGCAGGCGCGCCAUGCUCUUCUGCGCGUCUUCCUCGAAGCCGGCCUAGUCGUCAUUGAAGAAGGAAAUGGCGAUCUGACAGUCAAGAUGACCCGCGAGGCAAUCACGACUACGGGUCAAAAAGCUGUGGAUACGUUCCUCACCGCGUUACAGAUCUACAAGGCGACGGGCGACGUCGAGGGCGGAAGCGCGCUGUAUGACAAGUACACCGGAGUCGGGGAGGAGUGGAUGCCCCGCCGCGAGAUCGUGUUGGCUAAGCGCCAACCCCGCAAGUUGCUGCUGCAGGCCAACACGUUCAUGGAGGGCGAGGGGGUGCGGCUCCAGGAGUACGACGCGACGCUGCCGGGCUUCAUUGCGAGUUAUCUGGAGCGUGGCAUUUAG